AUGGCACCACAGACGUCGACCGGAUCGGUGGGUUCAAAUAAACGACCAGAAGUGGCGUCAGAAUUGAAACCGCAGCCAAGAUGGCAGAACGAGGCGAUCGAGUUGCAAGAGCAGGACGUGGCUUCAAACGAGCCGCCACUCACGGCGUCUGAAGACAAGAAGUCGUUUGUCAAGGGGGCGAGUAAGAGCAAGAAGUGGAAGUGGAAGCAGCAGCAGAGGUGGAGGAAGAAGCGGCUGGUUCACGACGUCAAGACGGAGCAGGAUGGGGACGCACAUGCUGCAAAUGAAGACGAGGUGGGUACAUUAGGUGAUGCUGGAUUUGUUAUGGUCAAUUUACAGGACGAGGUCGAGGAGUUGACGCUCGGGGCUACGAACGAAGGAGUCGGUAGCGCGCGAGUCGCUGGCGUCGAUCUGAAGGAGGAAGAGAAGCAGGUGAAUCAACGGGAUCCGAGUAAGAAGAAGAAGAAGAAGAAAAAGACGGGGCAAGAUAAGGACGUGGCUGUGGUGCUGAACCAGGAGGCAGAGAAGAAGGGGGAGAGGGUGGAGGUGGUACGAACGCGGCAGCUGCUUGAGACUGUGGAAAGGGAGGAGGUGGAGAGUGUUUUGAUAGUGGAAGAGAAGCAGAGCAAGAAGCAGAAGCAGCAGAAGAAAGACGCUGCUGGAAAAAGAUCUCGAGACAGCAGGAAGGCUGGCAACUUGACACUGAAGGAGAAGAAACAAGAAGUGAUUAAAAGCAGCAAUACGAAAGAGAUGGAGGCGAACAACGCUGGAGCUACUGAGAAGAAGGGAAGGGUGGGACACACGACUGAAAAUGUGCAGCAGGUGGAAGGUGAUGAAGUGGUGUCAUUGCAAAAAGAAAGCGGAUCGAGUACAAAGUUGAAGCGCAAAUCGAGGAAAAAUGUUCGUGAGCAUGGUCAAGUAACUUACGUGGAAUAUUUAGACCACGACGUGGUGAUUCGAGGGUUGGAGAUGGGAAGCCUUCUUCAAGGUAAGCUUCGCGUCAAUCCGAUGUAUCGCACGGAUGGAUAUGUCACGGUGGAUGGUUUGUCGGUGGAUGUACUCGUAAAGGGAAUGGAAGAUCGCAAUCGUGCUUUUGACGGUGAUUUAGUAGCAGUUCGAUUGCACCCCGAGUCCGCAUGGAAACCUUUGGCCGAAGACUAUGGACGGAAUGCAGCCAAUCAAUCUGCGUCGAAAUUUAUAUCUUCGGAUGCUGGGGUGGACCAGAGCGCAUUGCACUCACUUUGGCUUCCGAACGUGCAGGUCGACCAGAGCUUUCCGACACGCACGCCGGAAGUUGAAACCUCUACUGACAUGCUGAAGCAGACAAUGGCCCACCUAAACGAGCGCAUGAUCGAUUCUCGCAAAAGGCCGACAGCGAGUGUGGUGUUUAUCUUGGCUCAGGGGAAUGCGAACGGUUUCGUUGGAUCUUUGGAAGCAAAAACCAAAGUGAAAGACUUGAGUUCGCCGCUGUCAAGCAAUGACAACUACGCAUAUUUUAAUGCCGACGACCCUCGUCUGCCCCGGCACAUUCAGAUUCCGCGACUGCAACUUCCAGACGAGUUUGUCAGCCGCCCUAUGCAGUAUUCGAAGUCAAUGCUCUGCUGUUGCCGAAUCAAAGCGUGGUCAACUAAACACCAGAGUCCGAUGGGUGAGUUUGUCAAAACUGUCGGUGAGUACACGGGAAUCGAAACUGGCAUCUCGGCAAUUUUGUUUCAGCACGGCCUGCAAGCGCACACGCUGGAUUUUGACAGCUCGAUCUUGAGCGAGUUGGACGACAAGUACGGCGCAAGCGGCGAAAAGUGGGAGAUACCGAACGAAGAGCUCCAGAGUAGACGAGACUUUCGUGACACGCAAGUCUUUAGCAUCGACCCCUACAAUGCCCGUGAUCUAGAUGACGCGUUGCACAUUCGUGCGCUUGACGACGCGCACACCAAAUUUGAGAUCGGCGUCCACAUUGCAGACGUGACUCACUUCAUUGAGCACAACUCACUGCUGGAUCUUGAAGCCCGAUCACGAGCCACUAGUGUGUAUCUCGCCAAUCGUGUGCUUCCGAUGCUACCUCGUAUUUUGUGCGAGAAACUGUGCUCACUCCAACCGCAGGUUGACCGGCUAGCGUUUUCAGUCGUGUGGCAGAUGAACUUAGAUGGAACACUCGUUGACGGUGUCGAGCCGUGGUUCGGAAAGUCCGUCAUCCGCUCGUGCUGCAAGCUCGACUACGGCUCAGCGCAAAUGAUGCUUGAUGGGGCUAUUACUGAAGAGAAUGUGGAUAAGUGGGAAGAGGAUCGGCGUCCAAUUGUUGGUGUAAAUCCUGGUAUCACUGCAGCGACCGUGAUUCAGAGCGUCAAAGAUUUGUGGAGCAUUGGCGAAAACCGUCGCGCAAUGCGUUUCGAGACGGGUGCAGUAAGUUUGAACGACCUGAAGCUUGUUUUCUCGCUGGAUGCAAAGGGCAACCCCACUCGAUAUGGAUCGUAUGAGCUGAAGGACAGCAACCGCUUGGUGGAAGAGUAUAUGCUGCUAGCAAACUACCUUGUCGCUCAGCAGUUGCUUCGUGCGCAUGGCCCGCUAGCAUUCUUGCGUCAUCACCCUCCGCCGAUCUCGCGGUCACUGGAUCAGACUUUAGAGCGACUAAAUGAAAGCGACAUCAAGCUGGACGGAAGAUCGACAAAGCAGCUGGCAGAGUCCCUCGACCGCAUUCGUCAAGAUCGAGGCGAGGUUGCAUUUGCUGUUGUGCAGGCGUUGAUUAUCAAACCGAUGAAGCCAGCUGAGUAUAUGGUGGCUGGCAACGGCGCAUCUCCUGAUUCGUGGCGCCAUUACGCUCUGAACAUUCCGUACUACACGCAUUUCACGUCACCUAUUCGCCGUUACGCCGACGUUGUCGUGCAUCGUCUUCUUCAAGAGAGCUGCGUGACGGGUGCAUCCUCCUUCAACGAUGAUGCAUCCGAAUGUGCAGAUGCAAAUUUCAGAUUGGCUGAGUACACCUCGGUAGCCCAAAACUGCAACGAAAAGAAGAUGACGUCCAAGAAGGCGGAAACGGAGUGUGACAGGGUGUUUUUGUGUGCGUUUGUGCGUCACCAUGGUGAUAUCGAAGUGACUGGCGUCGUGCUGAGUACGGGUCAGAAGGGCUUUACCGUGUACAUCCUGGAGCUGGGCUUGGAGCAGCGUCUUUUUCUUCGGGACAUGCGUCUGGUCGGCUUAUGGAAUGGGAAGAAGUCGCAGCUUUCCAUCAGAUUGCCAAAGAUCUCACGGUUGAUCCCAGAAAAACAAGAAAGCCGUGUGGAAUCCGGCAAUGAGGAUGCGACGGACACGAACGCAACGCAGAAUGCGUUUGAGAUGGUCAUGUUGACAUUUAUGAAGCAGCUUCGAAUGCGAAUGUCGACGACGAAAAAGAUGCCGCUGUCACUGACAUUUUCGGUCAUUGCGGAAAAAACGAGCUAA